GAUCGGUCGACGUCAAUGUGGUUGACACAGUGCCCAUGGAACUUUCUCCCUUGGCUGCUGCUGCUUCUGCUGACGCUGCUGCCCGGGAAGAGCCCAGCCCCCCCACAUCCCAGAUAGCUGUGAAGGAGCAACUGUUCCCCAAGCAGGAAGAGGCGAUGGAGAUCGCACAGGGCAAACCCUUCCCCGAGGUGACUCCCAAACCCAAUGAGGGUGAGAAGGAACAGGAAUUGGGUGAGGAAGCAAAGGCUACAGGAAAGGUUUCGCAGGUUGGGUCGGUGCAGGAUCAGGAAGGUGGCUACUCAGAUGUGUUGGAUCAACCGGAGGCUGAAGUUACGCGGCUGCAGCAGCAAGCAAGGAAGAGGGAUCUUGAUGACAAGGCUCGAGAGGCGAAAGGGAAAGGAAAAGGGAAAGCCAAAGGCCGGGGGCGGGGUCGGGGAAGGGGGAGGAACGGCAAGGGAAGGGGCAAGGGAAGGGGCAAAGGAAAGCAACCAAAAACCAGCAAAAGCACCAAGGCGAAGGCGAAGGCCAAAGCCACAGCUAAGUCUAAGUCCAAGAAGCCACAGGCUGAGGCAGCUGAGGCAAAUCCAGGUGAUGAGGCUGGUGAGGUUAAGAAGCAAGGUAAGAGAAGCCGUGCCAAGGCGACCAUCCCAGAGCCAGCCCCUGCCCCUGCCAAGAAAACAAAGACCAAGGAGAACAACCCCACCUUCGCAGGCAGGUACAAGCCAACAACGGAAACCAUGGGUCGGGUUUGGGAGGCUUUGCGCAGAAAGUACAUGACCGACAUGGUUCCCCAAUUGCGUGCACCUUCCAAGUUUCAGGCCGGGGGGGUUCUAACUAAUUCAGAGUAG